AUGAAAAUUGCUGUUGAAGGUUGUGCUCAUGGUGAGCUUGAAAAAAUAUACAAUUGUCUAAAAGAAAUUGAAAAAAAUGAUAAUAUAAAAAUUGAUUUAUUGAUAUGCUGUGGUGAUUUUCAAUCAACUAGAAAUUUAGAUGAUUUAUCAACAAUGGCUGUACUUGAUAAAUAUAAAGAUAUUGGUACAUUUUACAAAUAUUAUUCUGGUGAAUUGAUUGCUCCAGUAUUGACAAUAUUCAUUGGUGGUAAUCAUGAAGCAUCAAAUUAUUUGCAAGAGCUACCUUAUGGUGGUUGGGUUGCACCAAAUAUUUAUUAUAUGGGCUAUGCAAGUGUUGUCAAUGUAAAUGGUUUGAGAAUUGCUGGUUUAUCUGGUAUUUAUAAAUCUGGUGAUUAUUUACGUGGUCAUUUUGAAUCACCACCAUACACUGACCCAACAACUAGAAGUGUAUAUCAUAUUAGAAAUUUAGAAGUAUUUAGAUUAAAACAAUUAACCAAUGAUAUUGAUAUAUUUAUAUCACAUGAUUGGCCAGCAGGUAUUACUAAAUAUGGUGAUGAAAAUUCAUUACUUAAACAAAAACCACGUUUUCUUGAUGAUAUACAAGCAAAUAAACUUGGAAGUAUACCAUCAAUGGAAUUACUUAAUAUUCAUUAUCCAAAAUAUUGGUUUUCAGCUCAUUUACAUUGUAAAUUUGCAGCAAUUGUACCAAAUACUAACAACAAACAACAAGUAACGAAAUUUCUUGGACUUGACAAGUGUGAUCCAAAUCGUAAAUUUUUACAAAUUGUUGAAAUUGAUUGUCACAAUAGUAAUGAUGAUGAUAUUAAAUUUGAGUAUGAUCUAGAAUGGUUAACAAUACUUUAUUUAACAAAUCAUUUAUUAAAUGUUAAAAAUCAAGUUCAUUAUAUGCCUGGUCAGGGUGGUGGUGACCAGAGCAGAUGGAAUUUUAAACCAACUGAGGCAGAAAAAAAAUCAGUUUUAUUUAAAUUAAAUAACUCUUUGAAAAUACCAAAUAAUUUUGUUAGAACAGCACCACCAUUUGAUCCAGCAUUACCUCAAAAAAAAGGACAACUAUCAUUUUGUAUCAACAAACAAACGACUGAAUUAUGUGAUAAAUUAGGAAUUGAUGAUCCAUCAGCAUUGUUGAUACUAUUACAAGGUGGAAGUAUUGAUGAACACAGUACUUAUCAAGAUCCACAAGUUGAUGAAUCGACAGCUUGUAAAAAUAUAGAAUCAAUAAAUAAUCAAGAUAUUAUUUAUCCACAAGAGAACCAUGAUGAUGCUUCAAUUAAUGAGACAAGUUUUACAAUUGAUGUGCCAGUAAUAGCUGAUGAACAAGAUAAUAAAAACGAGUCAACUGUUGAACAAAGUAAUUUGUCAAAUCAAAUGGAACCAAAUGCAAAAAAAUUCAAAAGAAGAAAUCAAUCAAUGUACACUGAAUAAAUAAAUAAACAUUUUUAAAUUAAUUUUUUUGCAAAAAUAAAUAAUUAAAACAAAAUACACACUGAAUAUAGGUUUUUUAAUUUUUUUUUUUUUUUUUUUAUUGAAACAUCACAAGAACAUCUGUAACAAAAUGAAUAAAAAAAAAAGAAAAAAU